UAAUAUCCUGCUAAGGAAAGAAUAUUUCAUAUGUAUUUUAAACAAUAUUUUCAUUGCAAAGUCAAAUAUGUCAAUUAAAGAACUGUAAUAAAAAGAAAAAAUAUAUUUUUAAACGUACAACUUCUCAACAUGGUGAAAAAUUUAAUUUAUUUUCUGAGCAUUUUAUUAGUGCUGCUUACAACGAAAAAAAAGGAUGUUUUCGCAAGUAAUGUUAUGUUUGGAAUUAAUGGUUUUCAGCAAUCAUCAGGAAUUUGUCAUUUAUAUAAUGGAACAAUUUGUCAAGAAGUUUUAAGAAAUGUACACGUCUUUAUAUCGCCGAACCUCACUAUGAACGCCAUAGAAGAACGGUUGAAAGCCGCUUAUGGUGUAAUCAAAGAAUCAAAGGAUAUGAAUUCGAAUUGUCGAAUGUAUGCCUUACCCAGUCUAUGUUUCAGUUCGCUACCUAUUUGUCGAACUCCUGAACGAACGAAUUUGUUGUACUUUGCAAAAGUCGCAACGAAUGCUAAGCGUUACAAAAACUCCAAUAUAAGUACACGAAAUAAGAGGACUAAAACUAGAGAUAUAAAAAACAUAAAUAUAUUUAUAAAAAAAAAAUCAACUAUUUAUGAAGAUGUAUUCAGAACCGACAUUGCUAGUAAAUAUCCACCCACAAGAGAAUCUGAAAAUGUGAAACGUAUUUGUCGCGAAGAAUGCGAACUUUUAGAAAAUGAGCUUUGCCAAAAGGAGUAUGCCAUUGCCAAAAGGCAUCCCGUCAUUGGUAUUGUUGGAGUUGAAGAUUGUCAAAAAUUACCACCACAUAAAGAUUGUUUGUCUUUGGGAAUAACUAUAGACGUAGAUGAAAGUGAGAAAUGCUAUUGGGAGAACGGUUCAAGCUAUAGAGGGAUACAAAAUUCAUCAGUAUCUGGAAAGUCAUGUUUAAGAUGGUCCUGGCUAAUGAAAGAAAUUUCCGACUUCCCCGAACUUAUAGGUCAAAAUUAUUGCAGGAAUCCCGGAAGUGUUGAAAGUAGCCCUUGGUGCUUUGUGGAUGCUUCCAGUGAACGUAUUAUUGAACUUUGUGAUAUUCCUAAAUGUGCGCAAAAAAUUUGGCUAACCAUUGCUUGGACGACUGGAGCAACAAUCAUUAUUUUCAUAAUAUUAUUGUCCAUAUUACUUUUUCAAAGGAGAACAUUCAUGCACUAUGGAAUGAGAAAUAUUCAAAAUAUCAAUACACCUAGUGCUGAUAAAAAUAUUUAUGGAAAUGCACAGUUUAACUCUAACUCUAACCAAGAUGUAGGUAGAGUUCAUACAGGCAAUAUUUCGGAUAAUAUUUCCAUAGGACCUAAGAACGCGGAACGAAACACACUGUUGAGAAUAUCUCAUUUCUCAUUGCAAGACGUUGAGUUUUUAGAAGAGCUGGGUGAAGGAGCUUUUGGUAAAGUAUAUAAAGGGCAGCUGACACAAUAUAAUAAAUCCGUCACUGUUGCUAUCAAGGCCCUAAAGGAGAACGCUUCAUUGAAAACGCAACAAGACUUUAAGCGUGAAAUUGAACUAAUAUCGGACUUAAAGCACCAAAAUAUUGUCUGUAUAUUGGGGGUAGUCUUGAAUAAAGAGCCUUACUGUAUGCUCUUCGAGUAUAUGGCUAAUGGUGAUGUGCACGAGUUUUUAAUUUCGAACUCCCCUAGUGAAGGUAAAUCGCUAUCACAGCUAGAAUUCUUACAAAUUGCAUUGCAAAUCAGCGAAGGCAUGCAAUAUUUAUCAGCGCAUCAUUACGUUCAUCGAGACCUGGCUGCUCGUAACUGUUUGGUCAAUGAGGGAUUGAUCGUAAAAAUUUCAGAUUUCGGAUUGUCAAGAGAUAUUUACAGCUCGGAUUAUUAUCGGGUUCAGUCAAAGUCGUUACUACCUGUACGCUGGAUGCCAUCAGAGUCUAUAUUAUAUGGAAAAUUUACAACGGAGAGUGAUGUAUGGUCAUUUGGAGUUCUACUUUGGGAAAUAUACAGCUAUGGAAUGCAGCCAUAUUAUGGUUAUAGUAACCAAGAAGUAAUCAGUCUAAUUCGGUCGAGACAGUUACUUUCAUCUCCAGAAAACUGUCCAGCCGCAGUUUAUUCUCUUAUGAUAGAAUGCUGGAAUGAGCAAUCAGUAAAACGUCCAACAUUUACAGACAUUUCGAACCGUUUAAAAUCGUGGCAUGACGGGCAUAUUAAUUCAAGUAACUAAAUAAUUAAUUGUAGUUUUAUAUUUGAUAUGAUUACAUAUUUUCUAACCAGUUUAGUUAAUAUAAGUUUAAGUUUUCAAUGAA